AGAAUGAGUGAGCAUGAUUUUCGGGAAUGUGUAUUUUUGGAAGGCUCCGUUCGGCGCUACUGACUAGCGUUGCGAUGAUAUGCGACGGUCCAGCGUAACCUGGGCGCUCAGUGCGGGACUUUUAUGUGACCGGUGUAGUGACAAGAAGCCAUGGAGGUCUACCGAAGAUCCUCUGGGCUGCUGCUGCUUCUUGGAUUGUCUCUUCUCGCCACUACCUUGCAGGGUGUGCAAGGUGAGGUCGAGUCAGAAGGUCCUUCCGAAUCCGAAUGCAGGCCGUACAUCGAGAAGGCUUUGAAGGAGCUGGAGGCUGGCGAAGCUACCGUUAUUUCAUCGGCGGAAGAAGGCGAUGGCGAUAGCAAAGAAGAUAUUCCCACAGUAGAGAUAACUACUGACGACUCCACUCACCAAGAAGGUGAGGGAGAAAAUGACGACACUAACGAUGAUAAAAGUAAAGAAAAUGAUCAAAUUGUUUCCGAAAAAAUCGAGCCAGAGGUACGACCCACUGUUAUUCAAAAAAUUGCUUCAUUUUUCCAAAAAGUUUUUCAGAGAACUCCAAGCAAAAAAGAAGGAGCAGCAAAUGACAGCAAGAAAUCUGAAGAUAAGCCAGAAGAUUCUAGUGGAGAACAGACAAUCGAAUCUGAUGAAACCAACAGCAAAGAAAUUGACACAGAUGGUGAUUCUAAAGAAGCUGAAUUACAACAAGAUGUUUCUAAAGAAGACGAUGCAAAUAAUGAAAUUUUAGAAUCUGAAACAGAAAACAUCGGUGACGAUAGUACGGAAGAUGAAGAUAAAAAUGAAGAAAUCGCUUCAGACGAUGAAGAAAGUAAUGAACAACCUGAUUUAGAAAAUAAAGAUGAAGAUGAUGAUAAAGAAGACGUUGAACAGCUACAGACUGAGGAAAAACAAAUAGAAAAUGAACAAAAAGAUGAUAGUAAAGAACAGGUUGACCAAGAUAGUGACAAAAGUGAAGAACGUGGUGAUAGUUUAGAAGAACACAUAGAAGCAGAAAUUCAACAGCAAGAUAGCAAAGAAAAUGAGCAAACACAGGAAGACGAAGAUCAAAAAGACAGUACUGAAGGUCCAAGCCAAAGCGCUGAGGAUAAUGCUCAAAGUGAAGAAAAUAAAGUCCAAAUUGUAGAAGAAAAGAGCGAGACAAAGGAUGAGACUAUGGAACAUACUCAUGAAAAUGAAGAAGAAUACUCCCAAGUUGUUAGAGAUGAUUCGAAAGAAGUUGAAGAGGAUGAUUCUCAAGAAGAUAAGAAAGUUGAAUCGACGGAGGUCCCAGAAGACGAUUUAAAAGAAAAUGAAAAAGCACGUUCAAAAGAAGAUGAAAAAGUUGAUUCAAAGGAAGAUGAAGAUGAUUCAAAAGAGAUUCAAGGAGAUCAAGCUACUACAAUAGAGGAUCCAAAAGAAGGAGAUGAAGAAAAUAUCGGUGGUGGUGAUGAUAGCACAGAAGGCACACAAGACCGAUCUAAAAGGUCUACUGAUGAAGUAGAUUUUAAAGAAGAUCAGUCAAUGGAGGAAACCACAAAACCUGAUGAAAAUGCGAGCGAUUUAAAAGAAGAUGAGAGCGACUCCAAGGAAAAUAUUGAUGAUGAAUCUAAAGAAAAACCAGGUGCACAAUCUGAAGAGCAGGUUAAGGAAGAUAAAUAUGUUACAGAAGAAGUGAAGGGCGAUAGAAAAGAAGACAAAGUAAAAUUAACUGAGGCAGCUGACGAUGAUGAUAAUGAUAAAGAAAAGUCAGCUGGUGAUGAGAAGGAAUCAAAUAAGCAGGAAUCUGUGAGUGAAGAAACGGAAGAUAAUAGAAGCGAAGAAAGUACAAAUGGUGGACCAGUAGAAGAUCUAUCAUUCGAUACAGAAAUUCCAACUGAUUUAAGAUCUAGAGACCAUGUCGAACAAUUACUUAAAGUAGAUGAUGACUCCUCAGAAUCAGAAAAUAUAAUUAAUAAAGUAUCUGAUAUAACUUUAAGAGAUCUCAAGAAACUUUACGAAAACGCUAUCAAGCCCUUAGAAGUUUUAUAUAAGUAUAGAGACUUAAGUAAUAGACAUUUUGGUGAUUCUGAAAUUUUCUCAAAACCACUAAUCUUAUUUAUGGGUCCAUGGAGUGGAGGAAAGUCUUCGAUAAUAAAUUACUUGACUAAUAAUGAAUUCAACGAUACUGCUAUAAGAACAGGUGCGGAGCCUUCACCCGCGUAUUUCAACAUUUUAAUGUAUGGAGAAGAAGCUGAGAUAAUUGAAGGUACCGAAUUAGCUGCCGACUUUACAUUCUCAGGUUUGCAAAAGUUUGGGCAAGGGCUAGAAGAGCGAUUAAGAGGAAUUCGGUUACCAUCUAAAUUACUUGAAAAGGUUAACAUUGUCGAAAUACCAGGUAUCCUUGAAGUAAGGAAACAAGUUUCAAGACUAUUUCCAUUUAAUGAUGCUUGUCAGUGGUUUAUCGAUAGAGGUGAUAUUAUAUUCUUGGUAUACGAUCCCUCAAAACUCGAUGUUGGACCAGAAACAGAAGCAAUUUUGGAUCAGCUUAAAGGGCGAGAACACCAGACACGUAUAAUUUUGAAUAAAGCUGAUCAAGUAAAACCAGAAGAACUAAUGAGAGUGCAAGGAGCUUUGAUUUGGAAUAUAUCUCCUUUGAUGUCCUCUCCUCAACCUCCAAUUAUGUACACAACGUCACUUUGGUCACGACCUUAUGAGCCAUGGGCUCCUGUGAGAUUACUACAAGCUCAGGAGAGAGCUUUUCUCAGAGAUUUAAGAGGAGCUAUUGAUAAGAGAAUCGAAAACAAAAUAGCGAGUGCACGUAGAUUCGCAGUGCGUGUGCGUAACCACGCUAAAAUGGUGGACUGUUAUCUCACAACCUACUACAAUCACAAAUCAGUCUUCGGAAAUCGUAAACAAGUCGCCGAUGCUAUAAUAGAACAUCCUCAAGAUUAUCAUAUUUACGAAGGUCUUUCCACUCUAACCAAUAUAUCUCGUUACGAUCUUCCAGAUCCAGAUGUCUACAGAGAUUUCUUCAAGCUAAAUCCAUUGUAUGAAUUCCAGCAACUUUCCUCUACAUGUACCUAUUUUAGAGGAUGUCCUAUUAAUAGGUUAGAUAUCGCUAUUGCAUACGAUCUUCCGGAAUUACUAGGAACGCAUAGAAAACGGGUAGAAACCGCAUUAGCCGAGGCAGCUUCUGGUACACAACAGCAAACUUCAACGCCUGGUAGUUGAGCUGAUACCUACUAGUUCCAAGUAUUAACCUCACUUGUACAUUCAAGUCAUGUGAAUACUGAGCAACUGAUUUUAUCCUUGAAAUUUGAUUCCAGUUACUCUAAAUGACUCCAAUACCCAAAUUUAAUGCAUCUCAUGACCUUUAAAAGACUGGUUCACGUUUUGGGAUAAACAUCUUAUUUUCACAUAAGACUUCAUGGACUCAUUAAGUUUUAAAACAUCGCGAUAUGUUCAAUUUUCGGAAGUCGAUCGAAACCUAGAAUAAUUAUUACUCGUAAUAUAAAUAUAAGUAACUAGCAAAUUAAACGACUUUUUGAAAAUUAUUGUCACUCGCAUAUUGAAUAUUAAGCAUUAGUGCAACGUGGUCAUUUUGGAACUGAUGUAAACUUAUUUAUGUGGACUUCGAAGACAAUUUAGCGCCAUGCUUACAUAAUAUUUUUUCAUUCUGUUUGACUCAUUUUCGAUCGAAAAAUUGUUAUUAGCUAACUAAUGUGUUCGUUCAGAAUGAAAGAAUGUUAUAUUUAUAGUCUCCUGCCAGUGUGUUGAUCGCAUUUAAGAGUUCUUGCUAUCGGAGUGUUCAUGCAUCCAGCAUUCGAUUUCAAAGAGAGUAGUUUAAAUAUUUUGCCGCCAGAUGUACAAUUCCUUACUAAAAUUUUGAAAAUACUGUGGUUUAUUGUUGUUAUGUGUAGAUUGAAUGUUCAGAGAUAAUUGAAACGUUGUACUUAGUUAUUAUAUCUGUUCUUUUUCAUUCGAAUUAUUUAUGAAUAAUAACACGUAAGAAGACAUUACUAUAUAGGUUAAGUAAAUGAAUAAAAUAAAUAUAUUUACCUUUGUA